AUGGCAUCCAGCGCACCCAGCACCCCAGAACACCGCAAAGCAACCAUAGGCCCCCCCUCGAAUUCCUGGCGCCACUCAAGUAAAGCCGGCUUCGACCUGUCCCGUCCAUCUCCCACCAACAACCCCGACCCCAAUGGACCCCCCAGCAGCAGCGGCAUGCUCACGCUCCGAACCACAACCUCGCCCAUAACCCUCGACCCCGCCAAAUCCGCUCUCGUCGUAAUCGAUAUGCAGAACUUCUUCCUCUCGCCCGCGCUGGGCCGGUCGACCGACAGCCCCGGGCACAGGGCGUGUAAGCAGCUGCUCGAGCGCGCGGUGCCGGCGGCGCGCAAAGCGGGGGUGAGAGUUGUGUGGGUCAAUUGGGGGUUGACGGACGACGAGGUUCGGGACAUGCCGGCGGGAGUGACGAGGGCAUUUGGAUUCUCUUCUGCAGCGUACGGUGGUGGUGGAGGUGCGGUGGGGGUCGAUAAGCAUGGCCAUGUUGCGGAGGGGGCUAGCACGGGGCUUGGGAGCGCGAUGGGCACCAUCCGUCUCUCGGACGACGAGGGCGGGGGUGAGGUCGAUGCCGGGCGCCUGCUGAUGCGGGAUACUUGGAACGCGGACUUGUACCCUCCAUUGCGGGCGCUGUACGAUCAAGGUCGAGCGCUGCGCACCAGGCCCGACGUGUGGGUGCACAAGAACCGCAUGUCCGGGCUGUGGGGCGCGACGACGCCGUUGCAAGAGUUCCUGGAGAAAGAGGGCAUCGCGACGUGUCUGUUUGCUGGCGUCAAUACGGAUCAGUGUGUGGGCGGCACGCUAAUGGAUGCGUUUAGCAAGGGCUUUGAUUGUGUCUUGUUGAGCGAUGGGAGUGCGACUAGUAGUCCGGGGUUCGCGCAGGAGUGCUGGGAGUAUAAUGCUGCGCAUACUUUUGGGUUCUGCUGUAGUUGUGAGGACUUGGCUGAGGGGGUUGAGAAGAUGCUGUCUUGA